AUGCGGCCGACGGAGGGUGUCAGCGGUGUUGACCAGCCUCCAGAUGGCAUCGAUGAUGCAGCCACCAGGAGAGAAAUGAAGAGAGGAGAAGGUGUUUCGAACCCACUGAGUACUGUAGCAGCAGCAACAACGGAGAGGAACUUGUCGUGGUCGCAAUUGAUAGCUCCGUCUUCAACAGCAACGACACAAUGGCAGUUGGAGGUGAGAACCCGACAGCACCCGAAGAUCGCCCGUUAUCCCCUAUUGGUCUUCAGUAUCUCUGGUCAUGGCUUGUAUUUUAGUGAGAUAUGGGAUAAAGAACCUGUAUGCCCAGGGCAUCAUUUGGAGGGUUCAGGGUAUAAGGGGAUGUUUUCAAUAAUGAUGAAAAAAGCCUUAUGUGGUUGUGAUUUGGAAUGCCUCUAUCGAUGUGAAGGUCGUGCAAGUUAUGGGGUUUUAAAACUAUAG